AUGCCAGCUGACCUCACAGAGGACAUCUUUCCUGCCAACCAGACAGUGCCGAUGCUAGAUUCUUCCCCAGUAGCUUGCACUGAAAUCGUGACUUUCACUGAAGCACUGGUGGCUGAGGAGUGGGGCUCCUUCUACUCUUCCUUUAAGACAGAACAACUGAUAACCCUGUGGGUCCUGUUUGUCUUCACUAUUGUGGGAAACUCUGUUGUGCUGUUCUCCACAUGGAGAAGAAAAAGAAAGUCCAGAAUGACCUUCUUUGUGACUCAGCUGGCCAUCACAGACUCCUUCACAGGCUUGAUCAACAUUCUAACAGACAUUAUCUGGCGGUUCACGGGAGACUUCAUGGCCCCUGACCUGGUCUGCAGAAUCGUCCGCUACUUGCAGGUUGUCCUGCUCUAUGCCUCUACCUACGUCCUGGUGUCCCUCAGCAUAGACAGAUACCAUGCCAUCGUUUACCCCAUGAAGUUUCUUCAAGGAGAGAAGCAAGCCAAAGUCCUCAUCGGAAUUGCAUGGGGCCUCUCGUUCCUGUUCUCCAUCCCCACGCUGAUCAUAUUUGGGAAAAGGACACUUUCCAAUGGUGAGGUGCAGUGCUGGGCACUAUGGCCAGAUGACUCCUACUGGACCCCAUACAUGACCAUCGUGGCCUUUCUGGUGUACUUCAUCCCCUUGACAAUUAUCAGCGUCAUCUAUGGCCUUGUGAUCCGAACUAUUUGGAUUAAGAGCAAAGCCCAUGAGACCGUGAUUUCCAACUGCUCAGAUGGCAAACUCUGCUGCAGCUACAACCGAGGGCUCAUCUCAAAGGCAAAAAUCAAGGCCAUCAAGUAUAGCAUCGUCAUAAUCCUUGCUUUCGUCUGCUGCUGGAGCCCAUAUUUCCUCUUUGACAUGUUAGACAACUUCAACCUCCUUCCAGACACCAAAGAGCGUUUCUAUGCUUCUGUGAUUAUCCAGAACCUGCCUGCCUUGAACAGUGCUAUCAACCCCCUCAUCUACUGCAUCUUCAGCAGCAACCUCUGCUCCCCCUACAAGAUGCAAAGAUCACAGGAUUCCAGAAUGACAUACCGAGAGAGAAGCGAGAGGCAUGAGAUGCAGAUUCUCUCCAAGCCGGAAUUCAUCUAG